AUGCUAUACACGGGAUACCUCACUACAUGGGUGGUAGGUUGGUUAACACUUUCAGGAUGUCCUGUUAAUGCUAGUACACGACCUGGCCCAAAGAGUCUGACAACGCUAAGAACGCUCAUUGUUGGUGACCCUACAUACAGUAGUGUUGGGUCCGACCAGCUUGCUUUUGGCGUUAUGCUUGCCAUCAAUGAUAUCAAUAAUAAUCGUCCAACAUUAUUGCCCGAUGUGACACUUGCAGCCGAUAGAAUUGACGCGAACUUGACUGUUCCAGGUACCACUUAUCGUCAGUUUCUUGCUCUCGCAAAACAGCAAACCUACUCACUAUUCGCUGGUCCACUGAGUACCGAGCUGACUAGUGCGUCUACAUUAUUUUCGUCUUACAAGUCGAUUCUUUCUUUUUCUCCCACUGCCAACUCAACCAGCUUUAGCGACAAGUCCAUCUAUGGAUCUUUUUGGAGAUAUACCAAUCCAGUAGAAAAUUUGGCUUACCCUGCUAUUGCCCUAAUUCAAAAAUUUAACUGGACUCAAGUUGUGCUGACAUGGGUUGAAGGAACUGAAGGCACGACUUUGGCCGACACAUUUUCUGCCUAUGCCAUUUACCAAAACAUUACCAUGGCUGCCAAGGUCCCGUUUGCCAUUUCAAGUGACGAUGAUUUGUAUAUGCAAACAUUGGGUCCUCUCAAAUUCAUCCGAUCCACCAAGGCACGUAUCAUUGUUUUGGCGGGUGGACCCAGCUAUGGGAUUGAUAUCAUGCUUGCUGCCAACCGUCUUGGCAUGAUUGGAAAUGGAUAUGUUUGGAUCACAUUGCAAUCGCUAUUUUCACCCGACUUUGCUCGUCAACAAGCUUACUGGGGCAAUGAGUUUACUCCGAAUAUCCUCAAGGGUGCGUUGCAGCUAUCUACUCCUCACAAUGUUAAUAUGAAUGGAGCUGCAUUCAACAGCUUCAAUACUAUUUUCAACACGUACAAGAACUCGGCGUUGGUCAAUGACUCGGCAUUCUACAACUGUUUUACGACCACCAAUUCCUCCAGUCGCUGUUUUUACCCCAAUGCGCUCUAUGACGACCCAGGAACCAAUACGAUUCCUGCGUACAAUAUUUUAGCUGGGUAUGAUGGUGUGAUGACUACUGCUCUUGCAAUGGAUGCCGUGGUAGACGCUUCGAGUUUAGCAGGCAAUUCACUUGCACCUCCAGCUGGAUCGAAAUACGGAAAAGUGGGUCUUUCAGAUAUUAUUGCAGCAGCACAAACCUACUCGUGUCUGACUGGCAUAUCGCAAUUUACUUCAGUGGGUGAUCCUGGCAUUCCUUAUACUGUUAACCUCUGGAACGGUACUUCAUGGUCGGCUAGUUUAGCUCAAGUUUCUGUUGGUGUCAUCAACAUGUCGACUGUUAUAGACAGUGGUUCUUCGAAUGUAAGCCUUGCUUUAUCCAAAUACUUUUGGACCGAUGGAACCAGUGCUGCCAGUUAUAUUCCACCACAAGAGCCUGUUUUGGUUGAAGAGUUUGUUUCUUGGGAUACUCCCGAUACCAAGGCCAUUAUUGCCAUCUACAUCGUUUUUUGGAUUUUCCUUGGUAUUACUCUAGUGGUUCUUGUCAUCAAAAGAAGAGCGCCAGAUGUUCGUAGUAUUUCACCCAACUUUUUAUUGCUCUUGACCAUUGGCAUUGCUAUUGCAUCGUUGAAUAUCUUGACACUUCCAGGCAAAUACAAGCCACUGGGCUGUUUAUUGCGUCCAUGGCCCUUGUCGGUUGGGUUCUGCAUUGUUUUUGUAACGAUUCUAGCCAAAACUCACCACAUAUAUUACGUGUAUGACAAUAUCGAGUUGUAUAAGCUUCCCAGUCUUUUAUUCAACUCUUUCAGACUAUACAUUCUUGUUGCAGCCGUGUCCAUUGUCAACAUAUCGAUUCUAAUUGGAUAUACAGUAAAGGCACCGUUGAUCAGUAGCUUUAUCUAUGAUGACCAACACAACAAAAACAUGUACACAUGCAUUCCCGUCAAAAACGGAGCCUUUUUAACCAACAGUUUAAUAUGGCUCACGAUUGCAUUCAACAUUGUUCUCUUGCUAGCCAACAUUAUGUUUUCGUUUUGGAUUCGAAACGCACCCUCGGCAAUGGGAAACGCACGUCGACUUGGAUAUGUUGUGUACAUUUCUACACUGCUCGUGUUGGUAGUGAUGGUUGGAGGAUUUUCGGGGAUAUCGACCAUUGCAACCGAGUUUUUUGUAGAGUCGAUUCUAGUUUUAUUUGAUUUGGUAACCAUUUAUGGUUUUUUGGUAGGAGCACCGCUCUUUGGAGCCGUGACAGGGUAUGUAGCCAAGAAUCUAUCAGGGAUUUCAGGUUACGGAUCUAGUAAAGAGGGGGGAGGAUCUACAUCGGGUGUAGUGAGUGGAACACAGAGCACGGUACAGCCAGCAGCAAGAGGAGUACGAGGCCGUAAACGAGAUCAAUUUCGAAUUACAUUUAGGGAAGAAGCCAAAGAGCCCGGAGUGACUGCACAAACGUGUUUUGAAAGUAUCAAUGGUACACUCCAUAUGCGAGAAGGGUUUCUUCAAUGUACGUCACAUAUUGUUCCCACAUGGGCAGCGGUGAAUGUCACACUGAUUUUAGAUGGACUCAAUCUACUUCUUUGCGUAAGUGGGACGGAUGAUCAAACGACUGAAUUUAAUCUUACGAAUCUCGUCUCGGUUGAGGUAUUGGAGAAACAUCCGACGGAAGCUGUUUCAAAUUGCUUGAUAUUAAAACAGGCAACUCAAACACAUAUCCUCCAACUCAAAACGUAUGCGCAAGCAUACACUCUUGCGGUUGAAUUGGCCAAAAAGAUGGUACCAGAAGAGGCAGAAGAUCAGCGAGUUCAUUUGCAAAACACGGACAGGAUUUUAAAGAGCGUCGUGAUGGUUGGACAUGGAGAAACAGCCGAGGGCACGGAGAAUAAAAAGGCGACUCUGACCCGACCGGUAGUCAAGAAGGUCAAGGUAGAAGUGGAAGAUGAAGAUUAGACCCUGUUGGGCUUAUAUGGCCAAGUGAACACCUGAUUUUAUCAACGGAGAAACUUGAAGUUGGCGAUGACGGUAUUCUGAUGGCUUAGAAUGCUCGAUAAUAAACAAUUUCAUUUUAUGG